AGAAGAAGAUGCUUUUUCUGAGUAAACCAACUGAUCUAUCCAUCACAACCUGAAGCUUUUUCUGUCUGGAUUUGAAUCUGAACUUAAACCUUGGUAUGAAGCAGUGGUUAAAUGUCUCCAGCUUUAAUUCCCCAGAAAUGAACAACACUGUGAUAGUCUUCUCCUGCUCCUUGUGUCCUCUAUACUACACAUCUCAAAUUGAUCUUGAUGAACACACAGUGACAUUCCACCAAGGGAAAUUAGGAGAAAUUAAAUAUGAAAACAUGAUGCCUUCAGGAAGCUCCAGUAGUGAGCAGAACACUGGUGGUAAUUUACCAACUACCACCAAUCACAAACCACUGGAGGAAGAGCUUCACCAAUACACAGAGUGUGGGAACAGUUUUACUCAAGUGGUUGAUCUCAAAACUCAACACCACCUCCAUGCAGGAGAAAAGCCGUACAAGUGUUCGGAGUGUGGAAAAAGUUUUAAUCACAGGAAUACUCUCCGACAACACCAGCGUAUUCACACAGGUGAGAAGCCAUAUCACUGCUCAGAGUGUAAGAAGAGCUUUAAUCACCAUACAAAUCUCCAGACACACCAGCGCAUUCACACAGGAGAGAGGCCGUAUCACUGCUCAGAGUGUGAGAAGAGCUUUACUCAUCACAGUGCUCUCCAGCGACACCAGCUCAUUCACACGGGAGAGAAGCCAUAUCAUUGCUCACAGUGUGGGAAGAGUUUUAAUCGGCAAACCAACCUCAAAACACACCAGCUCAGUCACACAGGAGAGAAGCUGCAUCAGUGCUCGCAGUGUGGAAAAAGUUUUUCCCACAAAAGUGGUCUCCAGACACAUCAGCGCAUUCACACAGGAGAGAAGCCAUACAGUUGCUUAGAGUGUGGCAAGAACUUUGCACAACUGGGUCAUCUUCAGCAACACCAGAACGUUCACACGGGAGAGAAGCCAUAUAGUUGCUUAUACUGUGGAAAGUGUUUCGCACAAGUGGGCCAUCUUCAAAAACACCAGACUGUUCACACGGGCGAGAAGCCGUAUCGCUGCUCGGAGUGCGGAAAGAGUUUUACUCAGCCGAGUACUCUCCAAGCACACCUACGUAUUCAUACAGGAGAGAAGCCGUAUCAGUGCUCACAGUGUGGGAGGAGUUUUACUAAGCGAGGCACUCUCAAAGCACACCAGCGCAUUCAUACAGGAGAGAGACCUUAUCAGUGCACUCAGUGUGGGAAAAGCUUUACACACCUGCUGAGUCUCCAGAUACACCAGCGAAUACACACCGGAGAGAGACCCUAUCACUGUUUACAGUGUGGGAAGAGCUUUAUUCGCCAAACUUAUCUCCAGAUCCAUCAGCGCAUUCACACGGGAGAGAAGCCGUAUGUCUGCUCACAGUGUGGGAAGAGUUUUAGUCAGCUGAACACUCUGAAAUCACACCAGCGCUUCCAUACAGGUGAGAAGCCUUACCAGUGUUUGGAGUGUGGGAGAAGUUUUAAUUGCCAAGCAAAUCUCAAUGUACAUCAGCGCAUCCACACAGGAGAGAAGCCGUAUAAAUGCCUAGAGUGUGGAAAGAGUUUUGCACAGUCAGGUCAUUUUCAACAACAUCAGCGCAUUCACACAGGAGAAAAGCCCUAUCACUGCUCGCAGUGCGGGAAGAGUUUUACCCGUCAAGCGAACCUCCGAACACACCAACGUAUUCACACGGGUGAGAAUCGUCAUUGCUGCUCAGAGUGUGGAAAGAGUUUUACUUACCGAAGUAAUCUGGAAAUCCACCAGCGCAUUCACACUGGUGAGAAGCCGUAUAAUUGCGCACAGUGUGGGAAAAGUUUUGCACAAGUAGGUCAUUUUCAGCAACACCAGCGUGUUCACACUGGAGAAAAGCCGUACAACUGCUCGUAUUGUGGAAAGAAUUUUGCGCAAGUGGGUCAUCUUCAACGACAUCAGACUAUUCACACAGGAGAGAAGCCUUUUCCAUGUUCACAGUGUGGGAGGAGUUUUGCUGAAAGUGGCACUCUUAAAUCACACAUGCGCAUUCACACAGGAGAGAAGCCUUAUCAUUGCUCACAGUGUGGAAAGAGUUUUACCAAAAGUGGUACCCUGAAGGCACACAUACGUAUUCAUACAGGAGAAAGACCGUUCCAAUGUUUACAGUGUGGGAAGAGCUUUUAUUGUCGGAGCCCACUCUUAAUACAUCAACGCAUUCAUACGGGAGAGAAACCGUUCCACUGUUUACAGUGCGAGAAGAGUUUUUAUUGCCGGAGCCGCCUCCAAAUACAUCAGCGCGUUCACACAGGUGAAAGACCGUUUCAUUGCUUACAGUGUGGAAAGAAGUUUUAUUGCCGGACUCACCUUCAAAUACACGAGCGAAUUCAUACAGGAGAGAGACCGUUUGACUGCUCACAUUGUGGGAAGAGUUUUUAUUGCCGGACCCAUCUCCAAAUACACGAGCGCAUUCACACAGGAGAGAAGCCCCAUGUUUGCUCGCAGUGUGGAAAGAGUUUUAGUCUGGUGAGUACUCUUAAAGUACACCAGCGCAUUCACACAGGAGAGAAGCCGUAUCAUUGUCCUCAGUGUGGAAAGAGCUUUGCACAAGUGGGUCAUCUUCAACAACACCGACGCGUUCACAAAGGAGAUAAGACGUAUCCUGGCUCACAGUGUGAAAAGAGUUUUGCACGAGUGGAUCAGCAUCAAAAAGACAAACCUGUUGACAUAGAGUUGUCGUAUCGCUGCUUACAAUGUGGUAAAUGUUUUAUUAAAAGUGGUGCCCUCGAAGCACACAUGCGCAUUCACACAGGAGAGAGACCGUAUCACUGUUUACAGUGUGGCAAAAGUUUUUAUUACUGGACAUAUCUCCAAAUACAUCAGCGCAUUCACACGGGAGAAAAGAAGUACAUCUGCUCACAGUGUGGCAAGAGUUUCAGUCUGCUGAGUACUCUCAAAGUUCACCAGCGCAUUCACACAGGGGAGAAGCCGUAUGUCUGUUCACAUUGUGGCAAGAGUUUUAGACUGCUAAGUAAUCUCCAAAUGCAUCAACGCAUUCAUACAGGACAGAAGUUAUGUCUCUGAUUACAGUACAUGAAUAUUUUUUCUGAAUGCAUACAUUGCUCAAUAACUCGAUAAAGUAACGGUACCUGUCUUUUAUUUUACACAAGUAGAAGUCAGUGUCUCAUAUAAAGCUUGCAGAACAAAGAAGUGCCCCAUUCACAGGUGUGCACUGAAUACUUACCUUUGUCCUGCACAACAUACUGAGUUUAUAAUUUAGUCUUUUGUUUAUAUUUUCAGGAAUAUUUUGCAGGCUGGUUCAUACACUUAACUGAGCAGAAGGGCUGUUCGAGACUGUCUGUGGAGGUAGGUGGGAUGCUUCAGUAUCCCCUCUGGAGCAAUUAGGAGUAGAAAACCUUUACAGAGACCUACUCUAUAUGGCAACCACAGGUAUCCUUGACCUGAUAAUGUGCAAGAUGCUUUUAUGAGUGGGCACUGAUUUGUGAGUCCUUGCUAAGCAGUAUAUAUUCAGCUAUAAUAUCCCAAAUUCAUCAAGUUAUCACAAAAUGGUCCUGCUCUUUUUUGCUUCCAACACAUCAGCGAGCACUAAUUCUUUGCUUGCUGACAAAUAUAUCCCACCCCUUUACAGGUGCCAUUUUAACAAGAUAAUCACUGUUGGUCACUUCACCUGUUAAUGGUUUUAAAGUUAUGAUUGGUCGACGUAUUGAGCACCUGGGACAUGAUUUAUCCCUUCAAUUAUCACAAAUACUUUAAUUCAGAUGUUUUUGUACCUCUUCCUUUGUGCAUAUAUGCCAGUAUAAUAGUAUAUGUAAAUAUAAAAAAUAAGUAGUUUUGGAGAUCGCCAGCACUUCGAACAAAGCAUUUGAAAGGGUUGUUUUUCUUUCUUUUUGAAUAUGGGUCUUCUUUUUGUCUAAUUAAAUGUUCUCUAGAACCGGGGUGUUCUGUCUUAACAUUUGUCCCACUCUAUACUGUCGCUCAUUGUAGAGUCAUUGGGUCAAACCUGGCCACCUCAACAUAAAAGGUCUUCUAGGCAGAUGUAUAGCCCUGUAAUAACUAGCCAGUAGGGCAGGAAAUGUAAAUACUAGAGCCGGGGUGUCCCAUCUUAAUAGAAAGGGUCCGACCACACAACAGCCACACCUGGUUACACCUGUUAAAUCAGUUGAUACUGGCUUUUAAUAGAUUGAGGUUUCUGCUUGUUGGGAAUGAAAACACUACUUUAUUAGAAUGUGCACGUCCUUGCCCUACUGGCUAGUUUUGUUGUUGUUGUUGUUGUAGAAGCAAACUACAUAAAAAUUCUUCAAGAAAAAAAUUCUUUUCUUUGUGUAUUUUCUCUGUAUAAAAACUAAAGUCGGUCAUGAAAACUCUGUAUUUAAAUCUCUCUCUGCAUUAUCUGUGACACACGACAAUUCAGAUAUUUCCUAAUAACUAUGAAUAAUAAACUAAGAAAGAU